AUGGAUUUAUGCAGGGGAGGUAGGAAUCGGGGGGAUUAUGCUUCACAAUUUAACCAAUUACAUGAUGAUAUGAUAACGACAACUACAAUACACAAGUUAAUGGGUCUAUUGAUGACUGGCGGAGGUCAUGGUGGUGCUAGGGUGGUUCAGGAAGAUCUGCCUAUCGGUGAAACUGUUGAACAUAAGAUAAUCAGACGAGAAUACAUAGAUUCAUGGAUAAAUCCAAAUGAAAUGCUUCAUUAA